AUGGCUGAGCCCAUUCCCAAUAAACGUCCCGAAUCGGGCGCCGCACCGACGCCCCAGAACACGCCUGCCAACAACGCUCCCAUUUCGUCGCACGCCCAACAACCCGGCGUAGCUAGCAUUAAGGAAGAGGAUCUCGACCGCGCCGCCGCCUCAAUUUUUGCCCAAGACCCGAGGAUUAUCCAAAUGAUCCAGGGACGGCUAGGAAGCUUGGUUGGUCGGUCUUCGGGCUACAUCGAGUCUCUACCCCCCUCGGUUCGCCGUCGAGUAGCCGGCCUGAAGGGAAUUCAGACAGAACACGCCAAGCUCGAGGCAGAAUUCCAGGAAGAGGUCCUUCAACUAGAGAAGAAGUAUUUUGCCAAGUUUACCCCUCUGUAUGAAAAGAGGGCCUCGAUCGUCAACGGAAAGGCGGAACCGACCGAUGCGGAAGUCGAGCAAGGUGAGAAGGCCAACGAUGAUGAGGAAAACGCCGAUCAGUCCCCCAAGACCACCGAAAAAUCGGCCGAGUCUUCCGAAGUGGUGUCGGGAAUUCCCGAAUUCUGGCUCUCGGCCAUGAAGAACCAAAUCUCACUCGCAGAAAUGAUAACGGACCGUGACGAGGCGGCCCUCAAGCACCUCGUCGACAUUCGAAUGGAGUACCUCGAUAAGCCCGGAUUCCGGCUCAUUUUUGAGUUUUCGGAGAACGACUUCUUCACCAAUAAGACGAUUACGAAAACCUACUUCUACCAGACCGAGAGCGGAUACGGUGGCGAUUUCAUCUACGACCAUGCCGAAGGCGACAAGAUCGAUUGGAAGGCUGGCAAGGAUCUAACUGUGCGCACAGAGAGCAAGAAACAACGAAACAAGAACACGAAGCAGACUCGGGUUGUCAAGAAAACCGUCCCGACCGAAUCCUUUUUCAACUUCUUCUCUCCUCCUAUCGCCCCGGACGAUGAUGACGAGGAGACCGAUCCCGAUAUUGAGAUCCGGUUGGAAUUAGACUACCAGUUGGGCGAGGAUAUCAAGGAGAAGCUAAUUCCUCGCGCGAUCGAUUGGUUCACUGGUGAAGCUCUCCAGUAUGAAGAGAUGGAUGAGGAGGACUUGGAAGGCAUUCAAUAUGACGAUGACGACGAUGAUGACGAAGACGAUCUGAGUGACGACCAGGACGACGAGGAUGAUUCCGACGAUGAGGACGAUGCCGGCAAGCCUAACAAAGAGGCUGCCGAGUGCAAGCAAAGUUGA